CCUCUCCACAUCUCUACCUCACACUCACAAUACGCACCUACACCAUGGACAACCCGUCAAAACGAAAACUCGGGCCCUCUGUGGUCCCCGAAGCCGCUACCCAAGACACAGAAAACACCGCCGACAAGCGCCGCAAAGUCAUCGGCCCAUCACUCCCGCCACCAACCUCCAACAAUGACAGCGACAACUCAAAUUCAGACUCGGACUCGGACGACGAUGACUUCGGUCCCAGCCUCCCGCCGCCGGAAGGGUCAAUUCCACAAGCGCAGCAGCAAACAAACCCCAAAUCCACAACCCCGCCUUUAAGCACGGAGGAGACGCAAGAAGCGAAACCCGUGCUGAAGCGGGAUGCUUGGAUGCUUGCGCCGCCCACAGGUGAUUCGGAUCGGUCGCGCGUUGAUCCUACGAAACUACGGAACAGGAAGUUUCAGAGCGGGCCGCGGGUUGGGAAUGCGCCGGCUGGGGGAGGAGGGGUGGAUAGUUCGUGGACUGAGACGCCGGAGGAGAAAAUGAGGAGGUUACAGGAUCAGGCAAUGGGUAUCUCUGCUCCUGGGGCUGGUGGUGUUUUGUCUGCUGGGGCGGGUGCCGAUGAUAAGGCUACGCAGGCUAUGAGGGAGAAGGUGCAGAAGUAUAAUGAGCGGGUGAGGAAAGAUGAGGGGGGCUCCUUGGUUGAGGAGAAGAAGAGGAAGGAAAAGGAGAAGGGGAAGGACGGGGAGGAAGAGGAUGAUCCUAGUCAGAGGGCUUUUGAUAAGGAGAAGGAUAUGGCGCUUUCCUCGAAGCUGACGCAUGCGCAACGGAGGGAGAUGAUGAGUAAAGCUGCGGAUUUUGGGUCAAGGUUUUCUAAGGGCAAAUUUUUAUAGAUACUGUUAUUUUUUUUUUUUUUUUUUUCGCGAUGUAGUAUACUGUACUGUUGUGUCAAUAUAGCGUUUCACGAAUCUAUACGCAAACG